AUGCCGGCUCUCGCAGACGCUGGAUACUAUGUCGUGGCCUUCGACCAGCCAGGAUAUGGCAGGACGACCGGGUGGGACGACUCGUCCUUUCCCAAAACAAAUAUGUCUGAGUUUACCGUCACCAAUCUAGUACGAGAUGUAGUCGUACUCGUACACGCUCUAGGAUACCGCGAGGUGAAAUGCAUUGUCGGCCACGACUUCGGCGCCGUUACCUCUUCCAUGUGUGCGUGGAUGCGGCCGGACCUCUUCGAAAGCGUGGUCAUGAUGUCUCACCCAUUCAAGCAGCACCCCGGCCUACCUUUCAAUCUCGUCCACGGUGACGGUACCGAGCCUUCGCCGCAGGUGGAUAUGCAGACCGAGCUGGCGAAGCUGCCUGAGCCGCGAAAACACUACAAGUGGUACAAUUCCACGUCGACCGCUGCAAUGCACUGGUAUUCUCCGAACCAGGGCCUCGAGACCUUCCUGCGCGGCUACUGGCAUGUCAAGAGCGCAGACUGGGCAGGAAAUGAUCCACAGCCUCUCCAAGCUUGGAGUGCACAAGAACUAGCCAAGAUGCCUUUCUACUACAUCAUGCCCUUCAACAAGUCCAUGCCUGAGACCAUCGAGUUGAUGAUGAAAGACGAAGACGCAGACAAAACCAAGAGCUGGCUGUCAGAAGAAGCGCUGCAAGUGUACGUCCAGGAGUGGAGGCGUACGGGUUUCCAAGGUGGACUCAACUGGUAUCGGACAAUGACAGACCCUGAGAAGAAGAAGGAUAUGGAUCUGUUCGCGGGUAAGAAAAUCGAAUGUCCUUCAAUUUUCAUAUCAGGCGCGAAGGACUGGGGUAAUUACCAAGAACCAGGGGCGCUCGAGAGCUUACCAAAGGCCUGCUCGCAAUUCAAGGGCGUCAAGAUGAUCGAGGGUGCGGGUCACUGGCCACAGCAGGAACAGCCCGAGAGGGUCGCGAAGGAGAUUUUGCGAUUUCUGCAGGACCUAUAA